AGUCAGCAGGGGGAGCGAAUCCGCUGCUGGGUUUUCACAUUCAGACCACCAGACGGGGGCAUGCUGACUGUGUGGCUGGACGCUCACUGGGGACGCGGACAGGCGCUUUUCAUGUCACGCAAAUGUCAACUUUCCCGAGAGAAAAUGACGCUGCCAAAUCUCUCUUCAAGAGGCUUGAGUCCGCAGUUACUCCCAUCGUGUCAGGGGAGUACGGCCACCACCACCACCACCACCGGGACAGAGCAACCAUGGCGUCCCGGGUCUCCUUCACGCAGGUCCGGCUGGAAGCGGAGCUGGAGCGCUACCGGGCCGAGUGCCAGUGGGGCAAGAUCCUGGCGCUGGUGGAGCAGAUGCGCGCUGCGCGGAUCCACGAGGACGAUGAUUACUGCACCCUGCUGAUGGCCGAGGCGCUGCUGGAGGAGUGCUUGCUGGAAAAUACGGAUCUCUUACGCAGCUCCACGCCUUUUAUGGACAAGACUCAGGCCAGACUCUCCAAGGCCAAAGGCUACCUCAACUCCAUCCUGAGCCGAGGCCGCCUCACACCCCGGUACUUGAAUGAGGCUCUGCUGCUGAUGGCCAAGGUGCACUAUGUUCAGGGCCGGUACCGGGACGCGCAGGGAAUGUGUGCCAGGGUGGGCUUGGAGGAGCUGACCCAGGAAGACCAACCCGUCUACCACCUCCGCUUAUUGGCUGAGGCAUUCGUCAUUAAAGGUCUGUCUCUGGACCACCAGACGCUGUCUGCGGUGUCUCGUAUCCGUCUCUCAGAGAGAGAGGAGGAGAGUCUGUCCUGCUUCCUGAGGGCGUGUGACGCAGCUCUGUCCUACCUGCAGGAGCUCGACAAGAUGGUUACUACUCCCCAUGCCAAGACGACCAAAGCCAGCCUCCCGUCUGCCGUUGUUGACGUUGACCUGGGCUUCUUCCUGCAGGCGGCUCUGCAGAGCGCCUACCUCUGUCUGCUGCAGAGAGGUCAUCUGGCGCAGGGCGCUCACCAGCUGCGUAGGGUACUCAGGGUGGUGGAGUCUCGAGGGUCUCAGAGCUUCAGGAAGUGUGCUGCCAUGAAGCUAGCACAGGUGCUGCUCUGCUCGGUGAGCGAGGACAGCUACUGGCCCCCGCUGGGCCCCCCGCCUGCAGUGUGGCUCCGGAGAGAGGGAGCCGCCGCCUCCAAAGACGCCAUGUACCCCACGAUUAAACCACCACAACGUUACGGCACAGACUGCUGCUUCUGUCCGCAGGACGUGGUGGAGGAGGCCGUGCUGCUGCUGCUCAUCACAGAGUCAAUGGCCAGCGGCGAAGCGGUAAUCAGCCGCCUGCCGGACCAGGCCGAGGCCCGCCAGGCCAGCCUGCAGGAUGCCACCUCCGUCUAUGACCUGCUCACCAUCGGCAUGGCCAGGAGGGGGCAGUACGCCAUGCUCUCUGAGUGUCUGGAGCGAGCCAUGAAGUUUUCAUACAACGAGUUCCACCUCUGGCACCAGCUGGGCCUGUCACUCAUGGCGGCCGGGAAGUGGGUCGGUGCUGUGUCUGUGUUUAAAGAAUGUGCCAGGAUGAGACCGGACGACCCGUCGUUGCCCCUGCUGGCCGCUAAAAUCUGCCUCGGUCAGCUGCACUGGUUUAAGGAGGCAGAGAAUCUGUCUAAGAGUGUGGCUUCGAUGGGAGAAGAAGCGAGGGAAUGUCUGCCCAGGGCCUACCUGGCUCUGGGACUCAGCUUCAGUCUUCAGGCCUCUGAGGCCACCCUGUCAGCUGAUCGGAAUGAAUUCAAUAAGAAAGCCCUACGAGCGUUAAAUAAAGCUAAAUCAUUAGAUCCCCAGGAUGCUCAGAUUGCCAUGUACCUGGCUCUCCAAUUGGCCCUUGUACGCCAGGUGUCAGCAGCCAUGGAGCCCCUGCAGACGGCUUUAUCUCUGCGCUCGGACGACUUACUCUCCCUCCACCUCCUGACUCUGCUGCUGAGUUCCCAGAAGCAUCACCGCCACGCCCUGGACACCCUCGCCCUGGCCCUCAGCCAGCACCCGGACAACUUCAACUUGCUGUUGACGAAGGUGAAGCUGGAAGAGGCCAUGUUCGGGCCUGCUGCAGCCCUGCAGACCUGCGAGGAGAUGUUGCAACGCUGGCAGAGUCAGUAUGAUGUCAGCCGCUUCAGUGAGACAGAUGACAGCAGCAGUAUACCGAUGGCUGAGAGGUCAGAGGUCCACCCUGCUGUCAGGAAACCCUCCAUCCACCUCAACCUCCCCGACUUCCAGGACGGCUCCACAGGAUCCCUCAGCCCUCCGUCGGUGGCGGUGUCCCGCUUGGAAGCGGCGCUGUCGGAGGUAUCAGACCUGAGCUCCACCCGCCGCCAAGGACCCACUUACAUCUGGGCCACUCUGGAGCGUAUUUGGCUGCAGGCUGGGGAGCUGUUCAUGGCGGACGGCCGGCUCAAGGAGGCCCAGUUCUGCAUAGCAGAGGCCAGCUCACUCUCCCCCAACUCCCACUCGGUGCUCCUGCAGCGGGGCCGCCUGGCCGAGCUCAGGGGCCAACUGGACGAAGCCAAGGCCCUUUACGACGAGGCCCUGGCCAUCCACCCCACAGGAGAGCACAUACUGGUGCAAAUGGGUCGCCUGCUGGUGAAAAGUGGCCGGGUCCACCUGGGUGAGAAGGUGCUGCGGGAUGCGGUCCAGAUCCACAGCACCUCCCACGAGGCGUGGAGUGGCCUGGGCGAAGCUCUGCAGGCUCGGGACUCCAGCCAGGCUCCAGACUGCUUCCUGACGGCCCUGGAGCUGGAGGCAUCCUGCCCCAUCAGGCCCUUCACCAUCAUCCCCAGAGAGCUCUGAAGAGCCUGGGGUGGUUGUGGACAAACAUUUGGUCUCUUAAGUUAAAUAAUACGAAAUAAGAAAUGUCAUCCUGCUUUAAAUAUCAAUAUUUUUUUUCUCAGAAUUAGGUUUGUCUGUUCCAGCAGAGCGACGUAUGGAAAACUCUGAGCUAUUCUUCUAUUUAUUCAAUACACGUAUCCUAAAUACUAAUUAUCAUCAGUAUGCAGUUAGCUCAAUUAGCGUAGCUCAUCAAACUGGCAAAACUCUAAAUUCCUACAUUCCUUUUUUUUUCUCCUAGGAUUGUUCAAUCUAAUGUAAUGUUCAAACAUGAUAAAAGAAAGAUUUCAUUUUUUUUUUUUUAUUAAGUCUCACAUUAGGCUUAGCUAAGCUAACUUUCAGCCGGGUGUAGCUUCAUAUAAUGUUAUAUGAUUGGUUGUUUAAACAAACAAAAUUAACUUAUGUUUUUACAUUCAGCAGUGACAUUUUCAUUUUAAGCAACCCUUUUCAGACAUGCAUUUAUUAACAGGGGUGUACCAAUACUUCAGCACACAAAACCAAGAUUUCUGGGGAAAACUAAAGAUGUCUUUUUGUUUUCACAAAAAACAAUUUAUUAGAAUACAAUAAUUUGCUUCUUUAUUUCGGUAAGGGUAUUAUUUAGCAGUAUGUGCCCAGGUACUUACCAUUGCCUAUCUGUUUAUUUUAUUUUUUAUUUUUUUGAUUAGCAAUGAAGCUAUUUUAUGUGUCUGAAAAGGGUUAGCAAGAGUUAUUUGUCACUUGCUUCUUGUUCAAUUGUCUUUUUUCCAAAUCAAUGUUUGAUCAUUCUUUGCACUAUUUAUAAUAAAUUAUUUGAAGAAACGUUA